UGGGCCAGAUGGAGAACAUAUCACCUGGACAAAUCAUCGAUGAACCUAUUCGUCCAGUUAACAUUCCACGGAAAGAAAAGGACUUCCAAGGGAUGUUAGAAUAUAAGAAGGAGGAUGAACAAAAACUUGUCAAGAAUCUUAUUUUAGAGCUGAAACCACGUGGGGUAGCCGUCAACCUGAUUCCAGGACUACCAGCAUAUAUUUUGUUCAUGUGUGUACGCCAUGCGGAUUACCUUAAUGAUGACCAAAAAGUGCGGUCGUUGUUGACUUCCACUAUCAAUGGCAUCAAAAAAGUGUUGAAGAAAAGAGGUGAUGACUUUGAAACAGUGUCCUUCUGGCUAUCUAACACCUGCCGAUUUUUGCACUGUUUAAAGCAGUAUAGUGGAGAAGAGGGGUUUAUGAAGCAUAAUACACCUCGUCAAAAUGAACACUGCCUCACUAAUUUUGAUUUAGCUGAAUACAGACAAGUGCUGAGUGACUUGGCUAUUCAGAUCUACCAACAACUUGUCCGAGUGUUGGAGAACAUUCUGCAACCAAUGAUUGUUUCAGGAAUGCUGGAGCAUGAGACUAUCCAAGGUGUCUCAGGGGUGAAACCAACAGGGCUGCGCAAGAGAACAUCCAGCAUUGCUGAUGAAGGAACCUACACAUUGGACUCCAUUAUUCGGCAGCUGAACUCUUUCCAUUCAGUGAUGUGUCAGCACGGAAUGGAUCCAGAGCUGAUCAAACAGGUGGUCAAGCAGAUGUUCUACAUCAUUGGGGCUGUAACGCUUAAUAACCUUCUCCUGCGCAAGGACAUGUGCUCGUGGAGCAAAGGAAUGCAGAUAAGGUACAAUGUGAGUCAACUGGAAGAAUGGCUACGUGAUAAAAAUUUGAUGAAUAGUGGGGCUAAAGAAACACUGGAACCCCUCAUCCAGGCUGCACAGUUGUUGCAAGUAAAAAAGAAAACGGAUGAAGAUGCAGAAGCCAUUUGUUCAAUGUGCAAUGCACUGACUACUGCCCAGAUUGUAAAAGUUCUGAAUUUGUAUACUCCAGUUAAUGAGUUUGAAGAGAGAGUCUUGGUAUCAUUUAUACGUACAAUACAGAUGCGUCUGCGAGACAGGAAGGACUCUCCUCAGUUGCUCAUGGAUGCUAAACACAUCUUUCCUGUUACUUUCCCAUUUAAUCCAUCCUCUCUGGCAUUAGAAACCAUUCAGAUCCCAGCCAGCUUGGGCCUGGGCUUCAUAUCACGUGUCUGAUCCCAAGGAUGUACCAUCAGUGUUAGAUGGAGAAUCAGUUGCCUGAUAUCUUUAUCCGCUAAAACAUAGUGAGCCACUGAAAACACAUUUUCUGAACAAACAGUCUGUAUAUACCUAGAUCUGUAGUAAAAGUAGCUGGAAAACUACAUAACAGCACCACAGAUUGAAGGCUAAUAGAAAGAUGUGCAUUUGUGUUCAGUCAUUGCAUUUAUGAGGACAUCACUGAUUCAUACAUUUCCAAAAUACGGAAAUUGGGCUUGGACAAAAAUUGUGUCUUCAGCUGUCUAGAGACAUUUUUAGAUCUUUAGUAACAUAUUUAAAUAGUGUAAAUUAAACUCCAUAUGUAAUCUUCUCAUAGGCAGGGACCAAGAGGGACAGUCACAGUCCUGGACAUGGAAGACUUGAAAGUAAGGCAUUUUGUAGUAGAAUACACAGUCACUUGGGAGCCUGUUACAUUUAAUUUGUAAAAACUGGAAUGGAGAAACACAAACUGGCAAUGUAUAAAAUUAUUUCUUAAACCACUUCCUUAUUUAUGUCAGUUUGACAUAAAUUCUAGUGAUAAGUCUUACAGCUUACUAUAUGCUAUAACUUAGGUGUUCAUUUGUUAGUACAGUGGUUUACCAAGCAUACUAAAUCGCUGCUGCAUAUUGUGUUCUUUUAAAUGUAUGACAGUAUCAUACUAGGCACUAAAAAUAAGAUAUUUCGGUUUUUGUUGUCAACCUUAUUUACAGUCUGAUGCAGUCUGUUAUUUUAACUGGAUUUUUGCAAGUGGUAUCAAAUAACACCUGUAGAGGAAAAUGGUAAUUAAGCACAAGUAGCACACUGGAAAUCACAUGUUUAGUUAUUUUUAAAAGUAGUUAGCUAAAAAUACAGAAUCUUGAAGCAAAUGAUCAAAAGUCAGUAAUGAUUUUAGUAUUUAUUUAGCUUUUGUAGUCUAAUGUUCUUCUUUCUUUGCCCCAGAGAUGACAGUGUGUAUUUUGAGUAUAAUCUCUUUUGUUUUGUUGCCGCUUAAAAAAAAAUGAAAAAAACUAUUCUUUCAUACUGGAAUUUGAGAGGAAAAAUUUUAAUAGAAAAUUUCUGCAGUAGCCCAAGGCUCUCAUUCUUUGAAAGUUGACUAACAAGAAUGUUAAGUAGGUUUUGACUAUGAUGCUGUCAUUUGACUAUGAUUCAUGCUGAUUUAAUGGCUGGAGAUCCAGGGUGCAUAAUGAGAAACUGAGUUAUUUUGGAUAUUGCACAUCUUAUUGGAAAG